AUGGUUCUCCAAGAUCUCGGCCGCCGAAUCAACUCGGCGGUCUCCAACCUGACGCGAGAGCAGAACCUCGACGAGAAGGCCUUCGAUGCCAUGCUCAAGGAGAUUUGCGCCGCCCUGCUCGAGGCCGAUGUCAACGUCCGCCUCGUCGGACAGCUCCGCAAGUCGAUCCGCGCCACCGUCAACUUCAAGGACAUCCCCCCCGCCGUCAACAAGAAGCGCCUCAUCCAAAAGGCCGUCUUCGAUGAGCUCGUCAAGCUCGUCGACCCCCACACCGAACCGUUCCGACCGAAGAAGGGCAAGUCCAACGUCAUCAUGUUUGUCGGUCUGCAGGGUGCCGGAAAGACGACGACCUGUACCAAGCUGGCACGCCACUACCAGUCGAGGGGCUUCAAGGCCUGCCUGGUGUGCGCCGAUACCUUCCGAGCCGGUGCUUUUGACCAGCUGAAGCAGAACGCCACCAAGGCCAAGAUCCCCUACUACGGUUCCCUGACGGAGACUGAUCCUGCCGUCGUCGCUCGUGCCGGUGUGGAACAGUUCAAGAAGGAGCGCUUCGACAUCAUCAUUGUCGAUACCUCUGGUCGCCACCGUCAGGAGUCUGCUCUGUUCCAGGAGAUGAUCGAUAUCCAGGAAGCCAUUACCCCCGAUGAAACAAUCAUGGUUCUUGAUGCCUCAAUCGGUCAGCAGGCUGAGUCGCAAGCCAAGGCCUUCAAGGAAGCAUCCGACUUUGGAGCCAUCAUUAUCACGAAGACCGACGGUCACGCCCACGGUGGUGGUGCCAUUUCCGCCGUCGCAGCAACACAUACUCCCAUUGUCUUUAUCGGUACUGGUGAGCACAUGAUGGACCUGGAGCGAUUUGCUCCUCAGCAGUUUGUCCAGAAGCUGUUGGGCAUGGGCGAUAUGGCCGGCCUGAUGGAGCACGUGCAGAGCCUGAACCUGAACCAGAAGGAUACCAUCAAGCACAUCCAGGAGGGUAUCUUUACUGUGCGCGAUCUCCGAGACCAGCUUUCAAACAUUAUGAAGAUGGGACCCUUGUCGAAGAUGGCGGGCAUGAUUCCUGGUAUGAGCAACAUGAUGCAGGGCAUGGACGACGAGGAGGGUGGUGCGAAGCUUAAGCGCAUGAUCUACAUUUGCGAUUCCAUGACGGAGAAGGAACUCGACUCUGACGGAAAGAUUCUCAUUGAUCAGCCAACGAGGAUGACGAGAAUUGCGCGAGGCUCAGGGACGUCAGUACGAGAAGUUGAGGACCUCUUGACGCAGCAGCGCAUGAUGGCUGGAAUGGCCAAGAAGAUGGGCGGAAACAUGAAGAACAUGCAGAGAGCUCAGCAAGCUAUGGGCGGAGGCAACAAGGCACAGCAGCUUGCCGCGAUGCAGAAGCGACUUCAGAGCAUGGGCGGCGGUGCUGGUGGUGGAGGAGGCAUGCCUGAUAUGGGCAGCCUCAUGAAGAUGCUCGGUGGAGGAGGUGGCGGCGGCGGCAUGCCUGGAAUGCCUGCGGGCAUGGAUAUGCAGGCUAUGAUGCAGCAGAUGGGCAUGGGCGGAGGUGGCAUGCCGGGAAUGGGUGGUAUGCCCGGUAUGGGUGGAAUGCCUGGUCAAGGCCGUGGCCGCGGUAGGAGGUAA